UUCUGUCUGUCACGCUGCGCUGCGUGAGUCGUGUUCACUCGUGUUGGUGUUGUCUCAUCGCCGUCGCGCUGUGCGAUUAUCGUGGGCGCUACAAUGUUGUAAUCGACCAUACAACACAUUCUUUAUAUUUUAGGACAGAAAUAUAUAUACAUCACUAGCGAACGUGUCGUGUAGCUAAUAGUUGAUAAAUAACGGUCGCCGUUUUGGCAGUUAUCACAUGUGUUUAGUGUAAAAAAAGUUAAACAUCCCAGUGCAAGUCAUUUUCUGAUCAGUUUUAUAUGAACGGCCGUUAGAUUUCUCGUUGCAAAUCUAUGGGAGAACUGGUUCCACGCUCACGUAAUAAGUGACAAUGUCUCUCGAGUCUCCGCUUGACAAAUUCUGCGGCUCCAAGUUUUGGGACAGCAACCUAACAUGGCACACAGACAACCCAGAGCUCACAGAAUGCUUCGAGAAGACCGUCCUCAUCUGGGUGCCCUGCAUAUACCUCUGGCUCGCCGCCUUUCUAGAAACCUAUUACAUCAUCAGCAGCAAGGAACGCAACAUACCAUGGAACCCCCUCAAUAUCAGCAAACUCAUAAUAACCAGUUUGUUAAUAGUGUUAACUUUUGCGGACUUGGGGACAACUGUGCAUCGGUUCUCAAGGCAGGAGGAGGAUGUGUUCAAUGUGGAUUAUUACACGCCUAUAGUUAAGAUAUUGACGUUUAGUUUAUCAGCAACCCUGCUAUACUACAAUCGCAAAUACGGCAUGCGAGCGUCAGGGGUGCUAUUCUUCUUCUGGCUGUUCCUAGUGAUAGCCGGCAUCCCCCAGCUGCGGUCAGAAAUCAUCCUCCACAACCAGAAACGAGACGAUGAGAACGUACAGUACGCGUUCGUCAGUUAUUGCCUGUACUACUCGUUGGCGGUAGUCAUGUUCCUACUGAACUGCUUUGCCGACUUACCGCCUAGAGAUACGCCGUACAAAUAUGAAAAGAACCAGUGCCCCGAGAGCGCAUCAGGGUUCCCCAGCCGGCUGACGUUCAGCUGGUUCGACCCGCUCGCCCUAACCGGGUUCCGCAGGAGCCUGACGGAGGGCGACCUGUGGGCGCUCAAGCCGCCCGACUCCUCCAAGGAGGUCGUCCCCAAGUUUGACAAGUUCUGGGAGCGGUCCGUGAGGAAAAUGGAGGUUUCCAACGAAACGCGAGCGACGUACAGCAAAACAUCGGCCAGUGUCAACUUCAAGCCAGAAAGCGAAAGAAAACCCGCGUCCAUACUGCCCGCUAUGUGCCUCACAUUCGGCCCACAAUUCUUGUUUGGAUCCACUUUGAAACUGGCGAAUGAUCUUUUGAUGUUCGUCUCACCACAGUUGCUCAAAUACUUAAUAGCGUUCAUAGGUGACAAAAAUACUCCAGUAUGGAAAGGCUACCUCUACGCAGUGGCCUUACUCGUAUGCGCCUCCAUACAAACCAUGCUCCUCGCACACUACUUUACGAGAAUGUACUUCGUGGGCAUGAGGAUAAGGACCGCGCUCACUAGCGCCAUCUAUAGGAAGUCGCUCAGAAUGUCCAAUGCAGCGAGAAGGGAGUCCACCGUUGGAGAGAUUGUCAAUUUGAUGUCAGUGGAUGCUCAAAGAUUCCUUGAGCUAACCGCCUACCUAAACAUGAUCUGGUCAGCGCCUCUCCAAAUAACGCUAGCCCUUUACUUCCUAUGGGGCAUCCUGGGGCCCUCAGUCCUGGCCGGCCUGGCGGUCAUGAUUGUGCUCAUACCCGUCAACGGAGUCAUCGCCAACAGAGUCAAGAGUCUGCAGAUCAAACAAAUGAAGUAUAAGGAUGAGCGAGUGAAGCUGAUGAAUGAAGUGCUCAAUGGAAUUAAGGUUUUAAAAAUGUACGCGUGGGAGCUGAGCUUCCAGGACCAAAUCCUAAAGAUAAGGAACAAAGAGAUGCACGUGCUAAAACAGACUGCGUACCUGAACUCUGCCACGUCUUUCAUAUGGUCGUGUGCCCCUUUCCUGGUGACCUUCCUUACUUUCUUAACGUAUGUGAUUAGCGACCCUACACACAACCUGACCGCAGAAAAGAUAUUCGUCUCGAUGUCCCUAUUUUUCAUGAUCCACCUGCCACUAGGGCUGCUGCCCCUCAUCGUGGUCUCAGUCAUCGAGACUUCAGUGGGUAUAAAGAGAUUGAACAAGUUCAUGAAUUGCGAUGAGUUAGACAUGAACUCAGUUGAACAUGAUCCUAAAGAACCGAACCCACUGGUAAUGGAGAACGGCAACUUCUCUUGGGGCGACAAGGACGCCGAACUGACCCUCAAGAACAUAAACCUCACGGUGCCCAAGGGGCAUUUGGUGGCCGUGGUGGGAGCUGUCGGCUCGGGCAAGAGCUCUCUACUGUCUGCCUUCUUAGGAGAGAUGAACAAGAUAUCAGGACGAGUCAACACCAAUGGUAGCAUAGCCUACGUCCCACAGCAAGCGUGGAUCCAAAACGCGACUUUGCAAGACAACAUUCUGUUCGGCAAGCCGCUGGCGCAGCAGAAGUACAGUGACGUCAUCGGCAUGUGCGCGCUCAAGCCCGACUUCGACAUGCUGCCCGGAGGCGACCAGACCGAGAUCGGAGAGAAGGGUAUAAACUUGUCAGGCGGUCAGAAGCAGCGAGUAUCUCUCGCGCGAGCGGUGUACUACGACGCGGACACGUACUUCCUGGACGACCCCCUCAGCGCCGUCGACUCGCACGUCGGCAAACACAUCUUCGACAAGGUCCUCGGCCCCAACGGUUUGCUAAAAGACAAGACCCGCCUCUGGGUGACCCACAACGUGUCUUACCUGGCCCAAACCAACCUCGUGGUAGUCCUCAAAGAAGGAGAGAUCUCCGAGGUGGGAAGCUACCAGCAGUUGUUGGAGAAGAAAGGCGCCUUCGCAGAGUUCCUGCUGCACCAUCUUAGCGACACUGAGAGGACCUCGCCCGAAGAACUGGACGAAAUCAAAGACGUGCUUCAGAACAAACUCGGCACAGAAUUCAAGGACAAACUGCAAAGGGCCCGCUCUCUCUCAGAAAGUGCAUCGGAAUCCGACCAGGCUGCUACGGGCGACCGGUCAGGCAGUGUAAAGAGAAAAACGCCGGAGGCGACACCUGCAGAACUGAAGGAAAAGAACAAACUCAUCGAGUCCGAGAAGGCGGAAACUGGCAGUGUAAAAUGGAGCGUAUACAAGCACUACCUGAUGAGUGUCGGCGUGAUGGCAUCCGUGGUGACGGUCCUCAUGAACCUCGUGCUGCAGGUGUUCCAGGUCGGCUCCAACUACUGGCUGGCCGUGUGGUCCAACGACCCCGAGAUGAUCGACAACUCCACAGGCCUCGUGGAUAAAGAGAAGCGCGACCUGUAUCUGGGCGUGUACGGCGGUCUCGGCGUCGGGCAAGUGAUGUCGGUGUCGGUGUCGUCGCUCGCGCUGUACCUGGGCACGCUGGCGGCGGCGCGCGCGCUGCACUGCGGGCUGCUGGCCGGCGUGCUGCGCGCGCCCACCAUCGGCUUCUUCGACUGCACGCCCGUGGGCCGCGUGCUCAACCGCUUCAGCAAGGACGUGGACGUGCUCGACAACGUGCUGCCCAUGACGCUGCGCGGGUGGACCUCCUGCUUCUUUGCGGUCCUGGGGACGUUAUUCGUCAUCAGCGUGUCGACGCCCAUCUUCUUAGUCGUCAUCGUACCCGUGGGCAUCCUCUACUACAUCAUCCAGAGGUUCUACGUGUCCACUUCGAGACAGCUGAAGCGACUCGAGUCUGUGUCGCGAUCGCCCAUAUACUCGCACUUUGGUGAGAGUAUAACUGGCGCGACUACUAUACGCGCGUAUGGAGUCACACAGAGAUUCGUGGAGGAGUCUGAACGCGGCGUCGACCACAACCAAUCCUGCUACUACCCGAGCUGCAUCGCUAACCGCUGGCUCGCGGUCAGGCUCGAGAUGAUCGGCAACCUCAUCAUCUUCUGCGCGGCGCUGUUCGCCGUGCUCGGCCGCAACGACGUGGACCCCGGCAUCGUGGGGCUCUCCGUCAGCUACGCGCUGCAGAUCACACAAACUCUUAACUGGUUGGUGAGGAUGACAUCUGAAGUGGAAACGAACAUCGUUGCCGUGGAAAGAAUAAAGGAAUACGCUGAGACGCAACAGGAAGCCGUAUGGACCGUGGAGAAGGGCCCGGGUUCAACUUGGCCCGAGACGGGCGCGUUACAACUCGAGGGGCUCACGCUCGGCUACCGCGCCGGCGAGCCCGCGCUGCGCGGCGUCACCUGCGCUGUGGCUCCCAGGGACAAGCUGGGCAUUGUUGGGAGAACAGGCGCUGGCAAGUCCACGCUCACUCUAGGGUUGUUCAGAAUCGUAGAAGCCAUAAGCGGCCGCAUCCUGAUCGAUGGCAUCGAUAUCUCGACCAUCGGCCUGCACCAGCUGCGCUCGCGCAUCACCAUCAUCCCGCAGGACCCCGUGCUGUUCUCGGGCACGCUGCGCAUGAACCUGGACCCUUUCGACGCGUACUCCGACGACGACAUCUGGCGGUCGCUCGAGCACGCGCAUCUUAAGAACUUUGUCCAAGGUCUAUCAGCAGGCCUGCGUCACGAGAUAGCCGAGGGCGGUGAGAACCUCUCCGUAGGCCAGCGACAACUGGUCUGCCUGGCGCGAGCAUUACUGCGCAAGACGCCGCUCUUAGUUCUCGAUGAGGCCACCGCAGCCGUGGAUCUUGAGACCGACGAGCUUAUACAGAAAACCAUCCGUUCGGAGUUCGCGUCCUGCACGGUGCUCACCAUCGCACACCGGCUCAACACCAUCAUGGACUCCACUCGCGUCAUGGUGCUCGACAAGGGCCAGCUCGUGGAGUUCGCCCCGCCGGAGCAGCUGCUCCAGGAUAAGAACUCCAUCUUCUACGGCAUGGCUAAAGAUGCCGGCCUCGUCAGCUAGACCACUGCUACAAUACCUAUAUAAUGUAAUCCCAACACCAUCACUCGACGCGCAUUAUUGGCCUCGACAAGAGCCAGCUCCCCCAGAACUGCUGCUCCAAGAUAAAGAACUCCUGGCUAUAGAUGCUGGCCUCGUCAGCUUGACCACUACUGUAGUUUUACGUAUAAUCCCACCGCCGAACAAUCUCGACGCGCGUCGUGCCCCAUUUACUCGAACUCGCGUGCGAUUUUAGUUACAUUGCGGACCGUUGAGGUUACAGAUUAAGAUUGUACUUCUUCUUACCAAUACCGCAAUUUAAUGAAACUCGCAAGCGAGUUCUCGAACCGUAUAAAUAAGCCCUAAGACCUGAUUUAGACCGCGUGCUCGCGUGCGAUUUUAGUUACAUUGCGGGCUGUUGAGAUUGCAUACAAUUAUGCACAGCCAUCAAAUACUGCAAUGUAAUAAACCUCGUACGUUAGUUCUCGAACCGUACAAAUAAGCUUAACUCCUGCAAUAAGAAUUUUACUGUGGCUGCGAGGACGCCUUGUUAGCCAGAGCACUAAAAACAAAUACCCGCCAUUUUAUGGCCUUUCAACAGUUUUACAACCACCGACCAGACUCUUGCCGAGAACAUAAGUUCCUCCAGGUGCUAACCUCUUAUGAGGAACACGACAACUAGCAACGCAGAGACAGAGAUGUGAAAAAUAACCAAAUUGCUGUGAAUAUACAAGGGACAUACGUGAAAUCUUAUGCGGAUUCUGGCUGACAGGCUUGUUUUCCGAACACUAUCCAAGAGGUUAGUUUUUACUAGUUAAAUAAGUUACCUCCGUCUUAAACGUCAAAACUAACAGUUAAUUAAAAAGAGCAACAUAGUUAUUUUUCAUUCUGUUGUUAGUUAGAAGUAAUUUAACUUGUCUGCAGAAAGAUAGCCGAUUGUUGUAAUAUUAAAAAGAAUGGCAGCUUCUAAUAAAUCAAAAUACAACUUACUAUAUAUUGUUUGUGACACUACAGCGAAGUUCUGUCACAAACACUUACGAGGCCUUCAAAGUCUAAAUCGAUCUCUAUUGAUCCUCCACUUAAGUAUGUGAUCUAAAGGACCUUCGGGCCACAUCGCU